AUGCAUUUUCGAGAAUUUUGGGAAGAUUGUCGGAAAGAUCUUACAAAUGGAUGGCGAAUACUUAACGAUAAAUCAGAAGUGAAAUUCGAAUGGCCCACAAAUUGUCCAAUUGAAGUACGUGAACUUGUUGGCCCAGGACGAUUCGAUGCACAGGAUCCGAAAUUUAUGAUGCCAUUUUUCUGGAAUAGAGAACCGGUACCAGCAUCUCGUUCCUGGGGUAUUGUUGUUUGCGCAAUUGAAUGGUGUUUUGGUGUGAUACUUUUGCUACUUUAUUCCUUACAUUAUAUCAUAGCAUUUUUUGCUGCUGAAGGUCGAACUAUUGCAGCUUUUUUAUGCUUUAUUACAUUGUCACAGCUUAGUAUAUUUUUUAGCGCAAAAGUUCUAUUCGUGAUUGCUAUUUUAGAAAAGCAUGCUUAUUUACUCAAACAACAAUUGAUAUUUCAAUAUGUUACAUGUAUUUUUCUCUUACUUAAUGCAACAUUUACUUUUACGGCUGAUAUGGGUGGAUAUAAUGAGGAACAUUUAUUUGGUCAAAAUGAUCCAUUUCUGAUCCGUACUGCAGCGAUCAUUUCCGUCAUUUUCAUCUUUGUUGAGCUUUAUUUACGCUUAAUGACGAAAGCGCCAGAAGAUGUCUCGAAUGCAAUACCCAAAUCAUUUCUCUCACCACUGAGCAAUAAUAAAACGAAUAAACGUGAAGUUGUUGAUGAAAUAUGCCAAAUAACUGGUGGACCAAGACUCUUGCGAAGUCCAAAAUAUAAUCGUUAUAAUUGGCGUACUUCACAUAUCCCACGUCAGCGACAACGAAUGAUUAAACGAAAACAAAGUCGUUCACGUAUUAAUCAAGCUGGUAUAGCUCUACUAGAAGGCAAUAGUAAUAGUGCAGGAGUGACAUUUUACAUUGGUAUGCAAUUGAAUUCGAAAUAUCUUCAAAGGCUUCGUAAAGGUAACUUGGAAGAUGUCGCUGUCCCGUUAAUUUGCUCCAAUCAACAUCGUCAGCAACAGCAUCAACAACGAUGGCACCAACAAUCUGAUGAUGGCAGAAGUUGA